CUGUUGCCAGUGGGGAAGGGAGCUCAGCAGGAACCCAUCGCUCUAGAAUUCCUCGGGUAGCGACGACAAUCUCGGAAAUAUGACGAGGAUAACGCGUGAACUGCCAGUCACAUCCGAAGAGCUGUUCUGGUGAGAUGGCGUCCGUCACUGAUCGUCACACCAAAUACUGCAGAUGGUUAUUUUGGCCAUCAAAAGCCAUCCCCAAAUGUUGUUGACCCGCUUUCUCCAAUCACACCGACGUUGAGAUAUUUGUGGGCAAAAAUAGGAUGGAGGAAUAUUUGGUGUCACAACUUGUCUUCCAAUUUGGACACGCCCCCGUUGACCUAUUUGGCACUGCCCGUCUCGCUAUUCCCACACAUCUUCUUCCACGAUUUGUCAGCGACAACCUCAGUGUUUGGCACACCCGUCUUACUAUUGGGCGUGCGUGUCCACGCCUGGCUCCACGCUCAAACGUGCGGCGACACGUGCGGCGCGUGCAAGCGCCGGCCGAGGGGAAAACUUGAAAAACCAGAACGCCGGGAGGUGUUUGUGUGCAAGUGUCGUAUUCCAAAGCGGAGCUCCACACGGACGGUCUCGCAGCCGGCCGUCCCCCGCGUCCUGUCGUGACUUGACCCUUCCUUUGCUCUCCCUCGCUCGGCUGACAGGAAGUGAGUGGGAAGGCAACAGGAAGCGAGCAGGAAGCGCGCGAGGAGCGAUGGCGUCAUGAGCGACCCCGGUCUCCUGCACGGUCGGCGCUUCUUUUGCCGGGAAUGGGCACUGGACGAGCUGCGGCGCUGCCUGGACGCCCGCCGCGCGGGGCCGGGGCGUCCGACGGGGGUCCUGGUCACGGGUGGCCCGGGCGCCGGUAAAACGGCGCUGUGCGCGGAGGUGGUGCGGCCCGACUCCGAGGCCGGGCGAGCGUCCGGGUUGGCGUCCCGCUGCUUGGCCCGGCACUUCUGCCGGCGAGAGGAGCCCGCUAGCGGCCUGGCGUGGCGCUUUGUGAUGGCCCUGGCGGAGCAGCUGAGGGCGUCGCCGCUGCUGCCGCCCGAGUACGGCGCCAGCGUAGGCCGCCGUUCGCCCCCGGAUCCGCUCAGCUGUCAGGCAGACCCGCAAGUCGCCUUCCAAAGGUUUGUACGCAUCGCCGUGUCGCCGCUGUGGCGAAAGCCUUUCGGGUUUCUGGAGGUAUCGGGACUUGGAUGGGGGUCAGGGGUCAUGGGCGAGGGCUUUAUUUCCCGCCCCCAUAGUGCAGACGGCAGCCCAAUUCUGUUCCCAACGAAGGGAACUGGGACCACCCUU